AAUAGCUUUUUUUCUUCCAAAAUAAAGUCAAUAUAAAUAUCAACAUUUGGUGUAUUUAUUUAAUAAUUCUUUUAUAAUUCUUGCCAUCUUUCCUCGCUUCAGUUAACGCGAAUAUCACAAGCAAACGCUGAGGGCUGCGGUCUGAUCUUUCCAGGGUUUUUUCGGGCUGACGUAGGAGUGGGUGAAGACGAGCCACAACUUAGCAUCGCAUCCAUCACUAAAAAAGUAGACGCCCACUUACAAAGAAGGGACCACUUCAACCUCAACCGAAUUCGUGAGGUUCAGGAUAUUUCACUCUGCUCACAGGUAGUUCUACUUUACGGGCAAUUUCAUCCCUACGCAUGUGGAGUGGUCGAACUAGAAGAGACUCUUGACGGAUCCGGCUUUCUCUUUUUUUGGCGGGACGGAUAAUUGACAGAACGAAGAGGAAAAUCCAAUCGCCAAGACCGCAUUAGAAUUCGCAAACUCGAACUUCCAGCUUUACAUGCAAAAAUGGCAAAACCAAGGGGAAUUAAAUUCAAUCAUCGAAAUGGCCGCGCCGGUAGUGAUGGUCGCAGAAGUAGUUUCUCCGAUAUCAGUGAAGCUGCCUCGGAGCCAAGCUCUCCAAAGAUAGCAAAGGCAGAUGGUGCAAGCGAUGAGAAAAAAGAGGUGAGAUAUGCGCCCAUGCUAUAAUCUUGGUGCACUUGCUAAUAACUUUAUUCGCAGUCUGAUAUAGUUGUGCCAUCGGAAUACGAGAAAAAGAAACAGACCUUUAUUACACGAUCGAUAUGGACAUUUGUAAUGAUUGGGGGGUUCUUUGCGUCCAUGUUCAUGGGGCACAUAUAUAUCAUCGGGAUUGUCACCGCAGUGCAGAUAAUUUCGUUCAAGGAAGUCAUUGCGAUUGCAAAUGUACCCAGUCGAGCUCGUCGAUUACGCUUUACAAAAGCUUUGAAUUGGUAUUGGUUGGCCACUACCAUGUACUUCUUAUAUGGUGAAAGUGUGAUAUACUAUUUCAAGCACAUAGUAUUGGUCGAUAAAGUUUUGCUGCCGUUUGCAACACAUCACAGGUUCAUCAGCUUUAUGCUUUACACUAUCGGUAAGGAACUUAUUGAAUGUAUAGGUCAAUGCUAACAGUAUUAAGGAUUCGUAUUCUUUGUUGCUUCUCUUCAAGCAGGUCACUACAAGUUUCAGUUCACGCAAUUCGCCUGGACUCAUAUGGCCCUUUACCUUAUCGUGGUCCAAGCCCAUUUCAUUAUGAACAAUGUUUUUGAGGGAAUGAUUUGGUUCUUCUUACCGGUGUCUCUGGUCAUUUGCAAUGAUAUAUUUGCUUAUAUCUGUGGUAUCACAUUUGGUCGAACCCAACUCAUCAAACUCUCACCUAAGAAGACCGUCGAAGGUUUUGUUGGUGCAUGGGUUUUGACUAUCAUUUUUGGCGUAGGCAUGACUAACGUACUCAUGCGGUACAAAUACUUCAUUUGUCCUGUAAAUGUAAGUCGAAUCUCCCAUUAGUUUUUUAAACAAUAACUAACUCCCGACAGGAUCUUGGUGCCAACCUAUGGACCGGUCUUGAGUGUACACCAAACCCUGUUUUCUUGCCUCAUACCUAUCAACUCCCUAUUUGGUUUCCAGUCUGGAAAUCCUUCUCCAUGGCACCUAUGCAAGGUCACAUUCUUGUUUUUGGAACUUUUGCAUCACUAAUUGCACCUUUCGGUGGAUUCUUCGCUUCUGGACUCAAACGCACUUUCAAAAUCAAGGAUUUCGGCGACUCAAUUCCUGGACACGGGGGAAUCACGGAUCGAAUGGAUUGUCAAUUCAUCAUGGGUUUCUUUGCCUACGUCUAUUUCCACAGCUUCAUUGCUAUCUACAAAGUAUCACUUGGGGGUGUCAUUGAAACGGUGAUCAAUGGUUUAACGCCGGAAGAGCAAAUGGAACUUGUCAAGGGAAUCAGCAAGCAUCUCUAUAACCAAGGGGUCAUCGGCGACAAGGUAAGCCCACUAUUUACACUCUACGAUACCAUUCUUGCUAAUAACUUACAGGUAUUGGACUGCCUAAACGUGGCAGCGAGUAAGAGAUAAGGUGCUCCAUGCAAACGUGGAUAUGUUUAGAGAUUCUUUUUCUCCCUUAUGAAUGAUGAGUUUUAGUAAAGUUUUCACAAAAUGCAUGGAGAAUCCUCACACGUGUAUAAUAUCCUUUCGAUUCUCGCUGCAUAGCAUAGCCUUGUUCUUGGAUUCUCGCUUUGGUGUAUACAAUCGACGGUUCCGGUGGACAGAAUGGGCUUACCUUUUCCUGUUUCUUUUAUCAGACCCGGAAUUUAAUCUGUUGAGGAUGGUGGGUGGCAAAAAUACAGUGUUGGUUAUAAAGUGAAAUAUAUGGAUGAGAUGAAGAAUAAAAUUAAGUGUAGGGUGAUAUUUGGCCCACUAGCUAUUAAUGGGAUAAACU